UUUCAGCAAAAGCUAAUCAUUCAAGUAUAAAGAAUGUGCUAGAAAGGUACCGAAGUUUUGUAAAUGCUCGAUAACAAACGAAAAUGUCGUUUCAUCAUUUUACUGACAACGCAGAUUCAUCGUAGUUGAUGACGAAUAAACAAAGACAGGAACGUAAUUAUUUUGCAACAUAAAGUGUAUAUAAGUGUUAACAAGUAUUUGUCGUCAUCACUAUUCUGUUACGCUGGAGGUACACCACAAUUAAAAUAAACUAAUUUUUUUAUUAAAUAGUACAAUGGAAUUCCCACACAUUGGAAAGAAUUGUUCUUAUAAAUCCUGUAAUAAAUUAGAUUUCCUGCCCUACAAAUGUGGAGCUUGUAAAGAAGUGUUCUGUUCUGACCACUUUGCAUAUGCAAAGCAUGACUGCCCCGAGCCCAACACGCGUGACGUGCAGGUGCCGGACUGCCCGCUGUGCGGCGCGGCGGUUCCGGGCCGGCGCGGGGAGCCGCCCGACGUGGCGGUGGGCGCGCACAUCGACAACCAAUGCACAUCCGACCCCGCCAGGGAGCGACGGAAAAAGGUGUUUACAAACCGGUGUUCCUUCAAAGGAUGUAAGACGAAAGAAAUGGUGCCACUAGUUUGCGGUGAAUGUGCACUCAACUUCUGCCUUCGACAUCGGCAUGCAAGUGAUCAUGCUUGUGAUGGAAAACUGGCUGCCAAGAAACGUGCCGCAGCAAACGCCGCUAUGUUAAGACUAAAAGCAGCUGAGAGUAGAGCGAAUCAAAACCGUACUCCGGUAGCGGCACCCGUGUCCACAUUCUCAGAAGUACAAGGAAACAUGACUGAGGACGAAGCGCUCGCGCACGCGCUAGCCCUUUCCCUCCAAGAUCAAAAUGGUAGCCUACAAAACGCGUCCCGAGACAACCCAUUCGGGCGCGCCCUCUCGCGGCAGCGCGUCGGCGGUGAACCCAACUCCAGAUGUUCGUUGUCAUAGCAACGAUUUGGAAAACAAUCUUAUAUAUACCUUGCUUGACGCACGACACCGCGGGGCACCUCACUUACGGUUACUUUCGCCUAACGGACGAAAACGCGGUUACUGAAUAUUGGUUCUAUAGAAACCUAGACCGUCUAGUCUAGAAAUCUAUAAUGUGUUGAACAUUUCAAUGACUCCUGAAAAGUAAAUAUCCUUAUGUACACCUUAAAAUUGUUAUCUUUCGGCAGAUUGAGUGUAAACUUGUUAUUACAUGUAAAUUAAUUUUGUUGCUAAUUAAGUAACAUCCAAAUAACUCGGUCCGAUGUCACUUCUUAUGUGCAGUUAUACUGACAACUUGACAAGUAUUUUUUACAGCAUAGAUCUUGAUUUCGUUCGAUGAUGAAUAUUUUGAAAAAAUUAUCAACCUUUGAUGAAAUAUUCCAACAUACAUAUACAUUGGACGUCUUUUCAAUUGAGGAAAAUUUUGAAUGGAACAGCAUAAAUUAGAAAUAAUGAGACUUAUUAUUGUUAUAACAUAAUAUUAUAAGUAAUUAAUACACGGAUUGCGUUUAAUACCAAUUUAUUGCGUUGUCAUGCCAAUUUUAGGUUUCAAGAUAUUUACAAACAUAUCUCGUUAACCUGAAAUAAUAUGAUAACGCGUGUUUAAUGGAAUAAAAAAAACUAUUAUUUGUUCUGUUUCCGUUAAUUAACAGUUAUUGGUAUCAACAAGUUCGGUAUAUAAAGCUAAAAGAAAAUAUAUUUAUGGAUAAUCGGUUUGUAAUCAAUUGCUUAUUAACUUUUUCGGUCACUGUUACUUCAUUGAACCAGAUUCGUAUUUGAAUACUGUUAAAAUAUUAUGGAAAGUAUAUUGAAUAAUACAGUUUCCUCAUGAGAUAGGUUUUCGAUAUUAGCUUCAUGCAAAAUGACUGACACUAUUGAAUUUAAUUCAAUCAUAUUUUACAAAUUAACGACACAAGUGUUGAUGUCCAGUCACUCUUAUUAAAUGUUUAUUAAAGCACUAUAAAAGACAUUUUGUGAAUUUCUAACUUAAAUUAUUUGUGUAUUUGUAACUUGCAUCUUAAUUAUAAAGCUUUGUUGAAAGUAAACUAUCUUAUCAUUCUUGGGCUGGCGUACGAGUUUCAUGCCUGAAAACCUAUUGAAAAUGGUGUAGCAAGGCAAAACCUUCCUUGGGUAACUUGCUUAGGCUACAUAGCAUCAAAUAUUUUAUUUCAAUAUCCAUAAAAUGACGUUCGUUUGACUCAUGGUAUAAUAAUACGCCUUAAAGAUUAUUGUGUUCUAGAUUUGAUAACCAUAUACUUUUUUUAAUUUGAGUUUUUUUCCAUACCUUGACAAGAUAGCUUUAUUACAUCUUUAGGGUUUGUGUAAAGCUAAAUAUGUAGAAAUUAACUAGUAAUGAAUCGUUGACCAAAUGACAAGAAACAAUUAUCUCGGCAUGAUUUAAAAUAUUGUUAAUUGUAUAUUUCAAGCUCAUGUAUCUACGCACACAACUACUAUAAACUCAUCAACAAAUUUCAUAAAUUUGCUUGUACAGUGUUCUGCUAUUAUUAAGUCGAAUAUUAAGUUUAAUAUAUUCAAUAUUUUUGAGAUAAAUGUUAAGAAAAUAAAUAAUAUACAUGUA